AUGACUUCAAUAAAUUAUGAAAAGAAUCAUAAAGAAGGAACUAAAAUUUAUAAAUGUCGUGAAUAUGCAAAUAAAGUUGCUACAAACUUGAAUUACUUUCGAAGAGAUGGGAGAUUUUGUGACAUAGAAUUAUUAUCUGGAAAAACAAAAGUUAGGGCCCAUCGUGUUGUAUUAGCGGCUAGUUGUGAAUAUUUUGAUGCUAUGUUUAAUGUUGGUUUAGAAGAAAGUCAAAAGGGACGUGUUUUGCUUCACAGUAUACCUGCUCCAAUUCUACCUUUAAUAAUAGAUUUUAUUUAUACAGGUGAAAUAACAAUAGACAAAGUGACAGUACAAAACUUAUUGAUAGCGGCAGACAUGCUUCAGUUAAGAGAACUUGUUUUGGGUUGUGGGGAAUUUCUAAAGAGAGAGCUUCAUCCAUCAAAUGCACUUGGUAUAUUUAGAUUUGCAGAAACGCAUAACUGUAAAGAGCUUGCAGAAGAAGCACUGACACAUGCACAAGCCCAUUGGAACAUGGUAGCAAAUGGAGAUGAAUUGUUAGAAUUACCACUACAGCAACUGGUUACGCUGCUGUCUUCAGAGCAGCUUAAAGUUGACAGUGAGGCACAGGUCUUGUAUCCUGCACUUAAGUGGUUAGAGCAUGAUCCAGCAACUCGUAGGCGUCACUGUUUUGACGUUUUGAAUCACGUACGACUACCGCUGAUUUCACCACAGAUAUUGGAUAGUGCUAUUAAAACUGUUCAAGACCCUUCAAUAGCAGUUGCUUUAAAAACCGUUAGGGUGGAUAUGAAAUCAGGGCGUGGUGCGCUGGUUUCCUUGUCUGCAGAGCCACGCGCGCGAUCUCGUCGAAUGCUCGUGAUUGUGGGCGGCACCUGUCACGAUAGCGCUCCUCACACACCGCUCACCACAGACAACAUUCUUUUCUCUGCCCUCAAAUUCGACCUGCAUAAGAGAGAAUGGGAAGAUCUCGCUCCAAUGGGAGUAGCUAGGAUACAGCCCGGCGUCGCGACGUUGAGUGGUCGCGUUUACGCAGUUGGAGGCGAGCAGGGAAGCCAAAUAUUAGCCAAUGGAGAAGUCUAUGACCCACAGCUAGAUAAAUGGUCGGAUAUAUCCCCGAUGAAGGAGGCUCGCUGUGAAUUUGGACUAACUGCGUGGAACGGGAACCUCUACGCGUUCGGGGGUUGGGUUGGGUCCGAUAUGGGGUCAUCGGUGGAGGUCUACGACCCCAUAUCUGACGAGUGGACACUCGUCGGUCAUAUGCCCGAGCCACGUUUUGGUAUGGGCGUGGUUACAUUUGAAGGGAUGAUUUACGUAGUAGGUGGUUGUACACACACGUGGCGCCACACGCAGGAUCUUCUGUGCUACCACCCGGUUUCUCGUAAGUGGCAAGCACUGAAGUCGAUGCGUCACGCCCGAAGUCAAGCUGCUGCUGUGGUUUUAGACAACUACCUAUACGUAAUUGGAGGGAUUGCACCACGGCGAACAGUGCUGGCCUCUGUUGAGAGAUACAGUUUUGACGAUGAUACCUGGGAAGAAGUUGGUAGUUUGAAUGAAGCACGCGCGUGUUGCGUCGCGGGCGCAGCUGAGGGCGUGCUCGUUGUGGCAGGUGGAGACAGAGAAAGCGGCGAACGGGCUUUCUAUCGCGCUCGCACCACAUUAGCUUCCGUCGAAACAUACGACCCUGCCGAAAACACUUGGCGAUCUGCUCCACCUCUUCCGCACUCCAGAGCUGAGGCUGGAGCCGCUCUACUUUGA